GUGCCUAGGUAUGCGCACCCCGGGACACAAUAUGCGCCUCUCGCAUUUGAAAUAUAAAUACGUCCCCGAGCCCGUCAAUUUUGUUCCCAUAGCGCGCCUCGAAACUGCGACACAUCGCACGCAUCAUGGCGUCCAGCGAGCCCCAAUCACUCAGUCUUCGCAUCAAACCUCAAUUUGAUCACAACGGCGAAGCACAUUCCCUGGGUUUCUCCUUGGCAUUGGAAUGUCCGUCACUUACAGCUGGACAGUCACUCUGCUGCCUCAACACAAAGAUGGGAAAUGGCACCACGCAGUGCUACACGAAGGACCAAAUCCAUGUUUCCGACAGUGACGGUUUCCUGGACAUCGAAAUCCACGAUAAAGGGCGGAUGCGAUCGUACCUAGUCAAUCGACCCACGACUGGUAAUGUGGUGAUGAAUUUCGUUGCACACCCCGUGAAAGUGGACUCGAAGACUCCCAUCGGCGGCCGCUACGAGUUGCGUAGAGACCAAGGUGGCUUGCAGUGCAUGGGGCUUUCCACAAUCCCAAUCCCCUGGGAUGUAUCAUUGACGACAAAAGCGAGAUACCGGAUGGAAAUCGAGUGGGACUUGAGCGACGCGCCGCAAGGGACUCGUGCCGUGAGCAGUUUCGGGGAAGGACGCGUCCAAAGAGUACACCCUCCAUUCGAUCUUUGGAGAAUGGUCUUCACGGUGGGGCCCCUGAAAAGUUAUCCUCUGGAUGCUCCUCGAGGAGGUCACUUUGGCUUCUACUGGUUUGGCAAGCCGCCAACGAGCAUCACUGCGCUGCCGCCCGUUUGCGAGGAAUUGUUUGCUAAGAUGUCUAAUUUCUUCCGCGACAAGGCUUCCGAGGAGAAUCCGUACCGUAUUUUCGUAAGACGAGCGACACCAGCGCGGGGCUUUGGCGGAAGUGGCGGCAUUCGAUCGUUUGUGCUAGAAUACGACGAUGCUAUCGAUACGAUAUCGCAGGACGAGAUCUUCACUUUGUUGGCACACGAGAUGGUGCACAACUGGCCUCUCAUGGCUGCAGAUUCGAAGGAAGAUGACUUAGAUUUGGUAGCCUGGUACAACGAAGGCGUAGCGGAUUACUACGCCGCGGUUCUGCCUUAUCGCAUUAGUCACAGAACCAAAGCCUGUUUCCGAAAGCACCUGAACGCGAAGUUCACCGAGUACUACACCAAUCCGUGUCGUCUGGUGAGCAAUCGGCAAGCAGAAGAUAAGGCUUGGACGUCACCUAACCUCCAAACCGUUCCAUAUACCAGAGGGUUGAUGUAUUUCUGCAAGCUGGAUGCUCAGAUUCGACGAGCCUCGAAUGGCUGCAAGUCUGUCGACGAACUCGUACUCUCACUGCUAGAGAAGCUGAGGAAGUACGAGCCUUUUGGAAUCAGGGAAUGGAAAGACAUGCUCGUAGAUGUGCUCGGAGCCAAGGCCUUGGAGGAUUUCCAAACCAUGAACAAGGGCGAGCUAAUCAGGCUGCCGGCCGAUGCCUUUGCUCCUGACUACGAAGUAGUGCGUGUGGAUGAAAGAGAGCUGGACUUUGGCUUUGAUAUGGGCUCCUUUAGCAAGAGGGUGGUAUCCGGUCUGAAUCUAACUUCGGAGGCUGCAAAGGCAGGACUGGAGGAUGGGGACGAGAUCAUCAAGAACACGUUUGUCUGGCAGUGUCAGCAGAAUUACGAGAGAAAAAUGAGGAUGACCAUCCGGAGGGGACAUGUGGAGCACAAGAUUGAAUACUGGCCGAGGGCUGAAAAGAUGGUCGAGAGCUGGCGGCUUCAUGAGACAAAGAGCUGAAGACCGCGUUGCGCUUAAGCGUCUAAAACAUUUACUGGGCUGCUGAGUGGAGGAGAGAUGAUCAUGGUAUAUUGGUAAGGCGAGAUGAA